UAUAUUGGUCUUUUUCUAAGUGUUCUUCUCAAAACGCAUGGGAAACUUUCUUUUUUUCGAAAUAGAAAAAUCCGACUUUACUUUUUUCGCAAGCAUUUUGGGAUCAUUCCAGUGUACAUAAAUACCUCUCCAAAAAAAUGUACGGAUUUUUCACCGGAAUCAUAAAACUUAUAUAUUCUAAGCUUCCUGCCAAAACAUUUCGGAGCUGGAACGAUUUGACAAUACUUUCAGAAAUAUCGUGUUUUGAUGCCGCUGAUAAACUUUAAACUUUUUAAACACACCUUGAGGGCUUAACUCUGCUAUAAUCCGAGGUGAUUUUUGGGAAAAAUAUUUUUAAAAACUAUAUUUAUUCAUAAAAAAAAUAGAUUUUUGGAAGUAUUUUCCAAUCGGUCGGUUUUGGCGGAGGUCUUAAAAUAUAAUAAAUUUUAAAAUUUUGAUGGAAAUAUAAUGCGGAUUUUUUUAUGGAGACUGAUGUGCCCUAAUUAACAUGUGAGCCAUUCUUGCCGAAAUGGAAGGAAAGCUAAAUUACUUAGAUCUGGCAAUUAAAAUAAAUAAAAGCACCAGUAGUCUGCAAUAUAAAAUUUUUAGGAAGCCCACAGCCACAGAUACAAUAAUAUAUAAUAUUUCGAACCACCGAGACUAUAACAAAAAUACACAGAAACCGAGCGCAAUACCAGAGUCAAAUUUCGCUAACCAACGCAAAUAAUAAAGGCAGCGAAAUUACUGCAUGCACAACAUAAAGCCCAACGACUAAACGUACUAGAAAAUAUGGAAGUAUACAAACUAAAAACCUUCGACGGCCAAAUAAUAAACGAACAAACAAAUACCGCAUCGGAUGUUAUAUUCGAAUCCUUAAAAUUGAUUUACGAAAAAAAUAAAAAUUACAACAAAACAACAGGCAUGGACACUGCGAACACAUCAAAAAGUACUACCAGCGCAAAAAUCACCGACCAUACAGCCACAACAAAGCGGAUGUUAAUAUUGGGGCAGCGAAGAUGAAUCUAUUACCUGCUUCUAAAAAAAAAUAUACAAUGCCAUAUCUAAUAAUUAAUCAGCGAUGAAAAUUACAUUACCUAAGAUAAAUGAACAUAAAUUAAGAACCGAACCAGACAGAACGAAAAAUUACACUGAAGAUGAUACAAUGCUGAAACCGGUUUGUCUGCAAAUCAAACUUGACAAGGGAUGACGGAAAUACAAAUCAUCUGGUUAUGUACUUAUAUUGUUAACACAGUUUACAAAACCAAAAUACACUAGAAAAUAAUAAUUUUUCACCAGUUAAUCUUUUAACCAGGCAAGUAUGAAUAGGUACCCCAAAUGUUUCUCCCUAAAAAAUGUUCAGGCUACGUUCAGAAAGAAUGCGGUCAUACAUAUGCACAAAAUUUAAAAUAUAGAUAAGUUUGGCAAAAGGCUUGAAGGUCGAAUUCAAAAUUUUGCAACUCCACGGUGCGUGUCCGCACAAAUUGUUCUCAAAUUUUGCGGGUUUAAAUGUAAACCUAAAAUUAUCUACAUUAAAAUUGUCUACCAAUACGCACGCCAAUUUGAUAAGAUAACCGACAUUUUGACCAAAGUGUUAUAAUAACUUAAGAUAAACCUGACAAAAAACUAUAGAUUAAAAUAUGGCAAACUGCUAUCCAUCUAAGUAAGAUUCAUGGGAGAUUAGGGCGCUCAGGCUAUCAAAAAUUCGCCAUUCAUAUUUGAGUUUCCCUAUAAAAGCUUCGCGCUGAGCGUUAGAAAAUAUCAGUUGCUUUCUUUACCGCAGCACCAUGAAGGUCCUCGUUGUCUUCGCUUUUCUCUUGGCCACCGCCUACGCUUCGCCACUACUUUCCCAACGGGACUUGGUUGUUCCCGUAAUUUAUGACAGUGUUGAGGGACGUAUUACUAAUGGCGAAACCGCUUCAGCUGGCCAAUUCCCAUAUCAAGUUGGUCUCUCAAUUAGAUUGAGCACUCUGUCGUCGUCCUGGUGCGGUGGUUCUUUGAUUGGUAACAAUUGGAUCCUUACCGCUGCUCAUUGUACCGAAGGUGCCAGAUCUGUCACGGUUUACUUAGGCGCUACCGUUCGCACAUCGGCUGAGAUUACCUACACCGUAUCCAGCAGCGAUAUUAUCAUCCAUUCCGACUGGAACUCCAAUACGUUGAAGAACGACAUCUCCCUAAUCAAAAUCCCAUCCGUGUCCUAUUCCAGCCGAAUCCAAGCUGUCAAAUUGCCUGCUAUUGCUAGCUCUUACUCCACCUAUGUUGGUGAUUCGGCCAUUGCUUCUGGUUGGGGACUCAUCAGCGAUUCAGCCACCAGUGUGACCACCAACUUGCAAUACGCUGUUGUACCGAUAGUUGCCAAUACAGUUUGUUCUAGAAUUUACGGCACAACGGUUGUGACUGCCACCAACAUUUGCAUCUCUACAACUGGUGGAGUGUCCACAUGCAGUGGUGAUUCAGGUGGCCCAUUGGUUUUGCAGUCCUCAGGAGUACAAGUCGGUUUGACUUCAUUCGGUGCUUCAGCCGGCUGCGCUAAGGGUUAUCCCGCUGCCUUCA